ACAUAUAAUGCAUAUGAAUAUCAAAUACCAUGACAUGGAAACAGCCAACGCUCACGACGAUGGAUACGCUAUUAUAGCCCUCAUGUAUAUCGAAGUUGAUAAUCCAAACCUGAUGUACGACAUGAUAACGGAUCACUUGCAUAACGUUCAGGACAUUGGUCAACAGUAUACCUUUGAAACUCCUAUUUAUGUGGAAAGCCUAUUACCACCAAAUCGUGACGAGUUUUACCGCUACUUCGGCUCAUAUACGACCCCUCGCUGUAAUGAAGCCGUCACUUGGAUUAUAUACCCGGAGCCCGUAUUCAUCGACAAAAAGCAGAUGAAAAAGUUUCGCACUUUAUAUACGACAGCAUUUGACAUAAGAACCGGUCAUUUGAAGCGAAUGGUCGGCAAUAUUCGUCACCUCCAGGACAUCGGCAACAUUCAAUAA